AUGUCGACUCCUUUCGUCCUCAUUACCGGCACGACCGGCUUUAUCGGCGCCGAGGUGCUCCAUGAUGCACUUGCCAAGGGCUACCGCGUUCGUGUGACUGUUCGCAAAGAGGAGCAGGUUGCACUCACCAAGGCGCGCCACGCCGACGCCGGCGACCGCCUCGAGGUCCUUGUGGUGCCCGACCUCAGCAACAAGGCGGCCCUGGAGAAAGCGCUGUCGGGCGGCGUCGACUACAUUGUGCACGUUGCGUCCCCCCUGGCCCAGCCCGGCCUGGACCUGCACGAGGGCUACAUCAACCCGGCCGUCAACAGCACGGUCGCCCUUCUUGAAGCCGCGACAGCGGCGCAGACUGUGAAGCGCGUCAUCAUUACCUCGUCGGCGGUCGCCCUGUUGCCGCUCGACUGGUUGUCGCGCCCCGGCUACGAGGCGAAGGAGGGCGUCAACCGGUCGCUGCAGGUUGAUCUGGAUGCGCCCAUUCCGGACGACGGCAACGCCGAAUUCACAAAGUACCAAAUCUCCAAGAUCUUGGCGCACCGCGCGACGCUGGACUACGUGGACGCCGCUGCCAAAAACGGCGAGAAGAUUCCCGAGAUUGUCACGAUUCACCCGUUCUUUGUCAUAGGCCACGACCGCUCGCAACUGGCCACGGAUGCCCCGCACGGCGUGAACAAGCUCUAUCUGGGGUCGCUGCAGUCGCCGGAGCCGUUCGUGCCGAGUGCGCUGGUGGACGUGCGGGAUGUGUCGGCCACCCACGUGGCCGCGAUUACGGUGCCCAGCGAGCGGCUGGAGGGCAAGGGCCGGUAUACGGUGACGGAGGUGGUGGACCUCGGGCCGCGGGUGACGUGGGAGGAACUUGCGGCCUAUAUCAAGGAAAAGUACCCGUCGUUCCCGCUGAAGCUGACGGGCCCGGGAGCGUUCUCGAACCCAGCCACAGCGGACACGACGCGGGCGACCCGGGACUUUGGCGUGAAGUUCCACGACCCGCUCGACACCGUGGGCGUCCUCAUCGAGCAGAACCUGGCGUAA